CUGCUCUCGGAUCGUACUCCGCAUGCCCGGCACGCCGACCGCGGGCUCGCAGUGAUGGCGGCCGCCUCUGUCGCCAUGCGCCGCGCCGUGAAGAAACAAGUCGUACCCCCUUUGGUGGUGAUUUUGGGAGCUACGGGCACGGGCAAAUCCAAGCUCGCCAUUGAAAUAGCAAAACGUGUCCAGGGCGAGAUUAUCAGCGCGGACUCCAUGCAGGUGUACCGUGGGCUGGACAUCGUCACCAACAAGGUGACCGCGGCGGAGCAGGCACAGUGCCCACAUCACAUGAUCAGCUUCGUCGACCCCUUGGUGAGCACUUACACUGUGGUGGACUUCCGGAACAAGGCCCUGGCUCUCAUCGAGGACAUGCACUGCCGGGGCCGGCUGCCCAUCGUUGUCGGUGGAACCAACUACUACAUCGAGUCCCUGUUGUGGAAGGUGCUGCUGGACACGGGGGAGACUGGACGAGAGCGGGGCUCCCCCGGCGGGAAGGUGGAGCUGGAGGAAGUGGGUGGGGCCGAGCUGCAUCGCCGCCUGGCUGAGGUGGACCCUGACAUGGCGGCCCUGCUGCACCCCCACGACGUGCGCAAGAUCGCCAGGAGCCUGCAGAUUCACCAGCAGACGGGGGUCCCCCACAGUCAGCUACUGGAGGAACAGCGGGGCCAGGAGGGUGGCGGCUCCCUGGGGGGGCCACUCCGAUUUCUGGACCCCUGCAUCUUCUGGCUCCACUCGAACAUGGACGUCCUGGACAGGCGACUGGAUCAGCGUGUAGAUGAGAUGAUCGCCGCAGGGCUGCUGGACGAGCUGAAGGACUUCCACAAGAGCUAUAAUGCGCAGAAGGUCCAGGAGAGCAGCCAGGACUACCAGCACGGCAUCUUCCAGGCGAUUGGCUUUAAGGAGUUCCACCGGUACCUCACGGCGGACGGUGUGGGAGCGGAGGAGAGAGAGUCCCUAUUCAGGCAAGGUGUCGAGGCCUUGAGGCUGGCUGUGCGGCGCUACGCCCGAAAGCAGAACAAGUGGGUCCGGUACCGUUUCCUCAAGCGACCUGGCGCUGAUGUUCCUCGUGUGUUCGGGCUGGAUGUGACGGACGUGUCACGCUGGGAGGAGAAUGUCCUCACUCCUGCCUUGCAGGUCCUGGAGAGCCUUCAGAAGGAUGAGCAGCCGCCUUUGCAGCCAGUCAGUGUGCAGGGGGCGGAGCCUCGCAACAAGCGAAGCAGACACAUUUGUGAGCUGUGUGAAAAGAUCAUCAUUGGAGACCUGGAGUGGAAAGCACACCUGAAGUCUAAAAGCCACCAGUCCCACAAAAGGAAGAAAAGAAAGUCUGAGAGCACCACAGAACACGACCACACGCCUCGGCCCGGACCGCUGGGUGGUUCUGAGAGCCAGCUGGGAUCCGACGCGACCUUUCCGUUAGGAGCCCGAGAUUCUGAUGGGCCGGAGCUCGCCUGUAGGUCUACGGGCAACUCCGGUUCAGGGUGUGCCAUCGCUGCGGAGUCGUGCCAAGGGGCCGAGAACCCCGAUGGCACAGGGGGCGCUAGCGAGCUGUGAGGGCUCUCAACUUCUCAAUGUCGCUGUUUGCGAGAAGGUUUUAUUUUGCAAAUCAAUGCUUAAUUUAUUAAAUUUGUUUAUUCUAUAGCAGUCCAUUUUCCUGACUGAUCUUUGGCUUAAAUAAAUAUAUAUUUUUUAUAAGAAUUUCUCUCUGCCAUCCCGGAACAUCCUGUUUUUUUCUGUGACUAAAGGCUGCAUGUCGGAUCUUGGAGGAUAAACCUCAAGGGCGGCAGCCUGACCUUCACCAGGAGAGUGAAGAACGUGACUGAUUAUGCAAAUCAUUGCUCUGUGUCGAUUUUCUUGAAAUCUGACCCUGAUGUAUUUGUCCGUUUUAACAGAUGUGUUUAAUUAAAGAUUGUCGUACUACUCCUA